AUGAAAAGAUGCUCGAAUAUAAUUUCUAUCGAAAAAGGCAUCACAAAAGAACAAUCAAUUGAUUUAGUAACAACUGAAAAUAUUGAUGAAGACAAAUCAAAUAAAAUUCAUUUUGAACAUGAAGAGAUUGAAAUUGAAAAUUUACCCCAACAACCUUUCAACUUAACAGACAAAGUUGAUUUCAUAGUAAGAUCGUGCAGUGAUAAGGAUGAUUUUAUGAGAUUGUUUGAAAUAAGCAAUAUAGGCAAGAAUUUGGAAUAUUUAUUGAUCGAAUUCCGAUUCAAUGAUUCUUUACCAAAACUGGAGCCUGCAGAUCUUGCAGUAAUGAGCGGAAAGUAUCAAAAGAAAUCACAAGUUCUAUUGUUGGUGUCUGAAAUUGAACAAGUUUGGACGAUUUAUUGGAAAUCAGAGAAAUAUGAAGAUUUUUUGGAGCUCAAGCAACCAAAUAAAUUAAAUUGGGAAGUUUUAAGACAAAUGCUUCAAUUUAAUGAAAAUGAGACUUACUAUACAUCUUACUUUAGAUAUCCUAAGCAAAAAUACGAAGCUAUUCAAUAUGUUGAGUUAAAAAAUCUUACAAAACCUUACCUUAGUGAUGAGGAAUAUAAAAGAUUCAUUCGAGGAAAGAACCAGAAAGGAGUCAUUUUGUUUAGUGAAUAUUGCUAUGAAAAAUCGGGGAAAUUCAGUGAUGACAAUGUUGUUCAUGAUUUCUAUAAACUUGAUGACCAUUUAAAGCUUAAUGACGAUCCAGCUUAUGUUUUUGAAUCUAUUGCAAAUAAUUUAACAAAAGAUGAAUUUAAUGAAUUAAUUAAAUCAGGAAUAAUGUUUGAGGAACUAAAAAAUCGAAAAAAGGUUGACUUAAUUACAGUAUUUUUAAAAUUUACUGACCAAAAAUACAACAAAUCGGAACAAAAAGAUCUCCUGCUUAAUGUUUUUACUAAAAUUGUCUAUGUAGAAAAUAUAAACAUCCGCUUUUUGCCAUUAUUAAACAAAAUUGUUGAUAUUUAUUCUGCACAUGAAAUCUACGAAAUUUAUGACACUUACUUAUUUCCAAUAAUGAUCUACAAAGGUGGUUUUUACUUUAAAAUGUUAUGGAUGUUAUUUGUCAAACACACAACAAUUAAUAUGCAGAAAAUGCUCCUAAAGAAAACACGUUUUUGUGUAAUUGAUCUUGCAUGUUUUCCAAUUGGCUUUCUCUAUAAUCCUUUAAUGCAAGACUGGGAAGAAGACUCAUUUCAAAGUAUUUUAAAAAUUUAUGAAUCUUAUUUCAAUGUGACUGAAAUGCAGGAAAUUCAUCUUUCACACUCAAGUGAUUUACUGCUGACUCUAAUUGUUUCUAGAGCUGAUACUAGUGUGUAUGCUAAGUAUAUGCUGAAAAUUUUUCAUGGACAUGAAAAAUAUUUGAAGGAGUUUUUCUUAAGGGAGGUUGAACCUACAAAUUUAAAUGUUUUUGAAUUAUUUACUGAUUUUGAAGAUUCUAGAGGAAAUCUUAAAGUCUAUUUGGAAAUGUUUGAUUCAUUAUCCAAAUUUUAA